CGAACCACCGAGGAGCGGCCUCCCGCAGCUAGAGCGGCGAAACCCGGAGUGCGACCCCCGGGCGAGGCGGCGUGGGCCGAAGGCACCCGAUCGGAGGCUGCGUUUGACUCGCGGGCGCUGUUCUCAACGCCUGGAAAAAUGGAUUCCCCUAGAACGGCAUCGUUUGUUAAGGGUAUGCUGUUUGGGAGCAUUGCCUGUGUUUUGAUAACUGUGUUUGGCCAAAUUACCAUUCGUCACAGAGGUAGAUCUCAAGACCACAGGCACCAUCACCUUCUCGCACCUAACAGUGAAGAUUUCUAUAAUAUUUCAGAAUUGCAACGUUUGCAGUUUAGUAGAAGUAUCCGCGUUUACUGUAUCAUUCUUGGAGAAUCCAAAGAUGAGCGUUAUUGGACUGUGCUGAAACAGACUUGGACCAAACACUGUGACAAAGCAGAGUUCUACGGUACUAAAGAUGGUAAUUCGUUCAAUAUAGAAACAAAUGAUCCAUGGACACAGAUGAGCAAAACUUAUGAAUACGUCUUUAAAAAUUAUGGCAACAAUUACAAUUGGUUCUUUCUUGCACGCCCCACUACUUUUGCUGUCAUUGAAAAUUUAAAGUAUUUUUUGUUUAAAAGGGACGCAUCACAGCCUUUCUAUCUGGGCCACACUAUAAAAUCUGGAGACCUCGAGUAUGUGGCUGUGGAAGGAGGAAUUGUCUUAAGCAUAGAGUCGAUGAAAAGACUUAACAGCCUCCUCAAUGACUCUGGAAAUUGUGUAGAUCAAAGUAUGAUUUGGAGGUCAUCUGAGGAUAAGCAGCUAGCUGUCUGCCUGAAAUAUGCAGGAGUUCUUGCAGAAAAUGCAGAGGAUUCACAAGGAAGAGAUGUAUUUAAUACAAAACCAAUUGAACAUCUUAUUCAAGAGGCAGUGACUAAUAACCCCCAGCAAGUAGUUGAAGGCUGUUGUUCAGAUAUGGCUAUUACUUUUAAUGGAUUGACUCCCCCCAAAAUGGAAGUAAUGACGUAUGGCGUGUACCGGCUCAGAGCAUUUGGACAUCAUUUCAAUGAUUCAUUGGUUUUCUCACCUCCAAAAGGUUCUGAAAAUGACUGAGGGCUGGCGAAUAAUAGAUGUGUGCUGACAAAAACAGUAGCCAAUCAACACAUUUGACUUCUGAGCACUUCAAAUGUGAUUAGUCCAAUUAAAAUGUGGUAUAAAUGAAAAAUACAUACCUCAUUCAAUAAUACAUAUAUAUUUUCAAAGACAGUACAAAAUAUGGAAAAUAUUUCAGUAAUUUUUGUAU